UCUUCACCAAAUAGUUUCAUUUCCAACCCCUCUCCAAUCGAUCCUUUCUACUUCAAAACACAUAUUCUUCAUCAUCUACAGACAGAAACCCUAAUUAAUAAUAGGAUCUUAUAAAGCUAUUCUGGGUUCGUGUUUGAUUAUAAUUUCAUGAAAGCUAAUGUGUGCUGUUUUACGUGGAUAUUAAUUAAUUUGAGCUGAUGAUUAAGAUGGAAAAGGGACAACCUCAUCAAACACGUCUCUUAUGGUGCAUUCUCGUGUUCUUAUUCUUCUCAAAUGAUACUUGUGCAUUGGAUGGUAUUGAUGAGCUUCAGCUUCUCUUAUCCUUCAAAGCUUAUAUCAACGACCCUUUACACUACCUCUCAAACUGGAACACUUCAGCCAACACUUUAUGCAAUUGGCAUGGCAUCACAUGCAACGUCAACAACAACAUCAAAGCCAUCGAGCUUCCCGGAAGAAACAUCUCUGGCAAGAUAUCAUCCUCCGUCUUCCACUUGUCCCAAGUCGAAACUAUCGACCUCUCCAACAAUCAGCUAUCCGGCCAAGUCCCCAAAGACGUGUUUAUAAAAGGGUCUAAUUCGCUUCGCCAUCUCAACUUCAGCAGCAACAACUUAACCGGCACAGUUCCACAAGGCUCACUCACAACCCUAGAGGUACUAGACUUGUCCAACAACAUGAUUUCAGGCACAAUCCCAAAUGACAUCGGAUCGUUUUCGAGCUUGAAAUUUCUUGACCUUGGAGGAAAUGUGUUGGUGGGAAACAUCCCUAGUUCCAUAUCAAACCUGUCUAGCUUGGAGUACCUAACUUUGGCCUCAAACCAACUUGUUGGAAGAAUUCCUACACAAUUAGGCCAAAUGAAGAACUUGAAGUGGAUCUACUUGGGCUACAACAAUCUCUCCGGCAAAAUCCCUGGACAAAUUGGUAACCUUUUCGGCUUGAAUCAUCUCGAUCUUGUUUACAACAACCUCACCGGCGAAAUCCCAUACACAAUCAGCAACCUUUCUAAUCUUCGGUACCUUUUCCUUUAUGGAAACAAACUCACAGGUCCAGUUCCACAAUCCUUAUUCGGUCUCGAGAAACUCGUUUCUCUCGACCUUAGUGACAAUUUUCUUUCGGGAGAGAUACCGGAAAGUGUUUUCCAACUCCAAAACUUGGAAAUCCUCCACCUUUUUUCAAACAACUUCACAGGAAAAAUUCCCAACGCUUUGGCUUCUCUGCCAAGGCUUCAAGUCCUUCAGUUAUGGUCAAACAAGUUCUCGGGCCAAAUCCCGAAACGUCUCGGAAACCAAAACAACCUCACUGUCUUAGACCUUUCCUCAAACAACCUUUCUGGAAAAAUACCUGAUACGCUAUGCGACUCAGGCCGGCUUUUUAAGCUCAUCCUCUUCUCCAAUUCACUCGAAGGCGAAAUCCCCCGAAGUUUGUCCUUUUGCAGGAGCUUGAGCCGAGUAAGACUCCAGAACAACCGGCUUUCCGGUGAAAUAUUGGCCGAGUUCACCAAACUCCCACUUGUCUAUUUCCUGGAUAUAUCGGGCAACAAUCUCUCUGGCAGAAUCGAUGACAAAAAGUGGGAGAUGCCCUCUCUUCAAAUGCUGAAUAUGGCGAGAAAUCGAUUUUUCGGGAAGUUACCGGAAAAUUUUGGAAGCGAAAAGCUCGAGAACUUGGACUUGUCCGAAAAUUGGUUAUCGGGAACCAUCUCACUGAGUUUCUGGAACUUGUCGGAACUAAUGCAGUUGAAGCUUUCUCGCAAUGAACUCUCUGGUCCCAUCCCUCAACAAUUGUCUUCAUGCAAAAAACUCGUGAGCCUCGACCUCAGCCACAAUCGCCUCACCGGCACGAUUCCCACUAGCCUCUCUGAUAUGCCGGUUCUCGGGGACCUAGAUUUGUCCGAAAACCAAAUAUCGGGCGAGAUUCCACGGAAUUUGGGAGCUAUAGUAUCGCUUGUUCAAGUCAACAUUUCCCACAACAAACUCCACGGCAUGUUGCCGCCCACAGCAGCGUUUCUUGCCAUAAAUGCCAGCGCAGUGGACGGCAACAACCUCUGCGGCGGAAGUGACACCAUUAGUGGUCUACCUCCGUGCAAGGGCGUUAAGAGAAACCGUACUUGGUGGUUUAUUGUCACUUGUUUUCUUGUUGCAUUAUUGGCUUUUGGAGUCGCCGGUUAUUUAUUUGUGUUAAUGAGGAGGAGGAGAAAGGAUUUGGAGGUUAAAACGGUGGAGAGCAAAGAUGGGAUUUGGCAGCUGCAGUUUUUCGAAUCGAGGGUUUCUAGAUCGGUUACAAUCCAUGACAUUUUAUCGGCAGCCAAAGAAGGUAAUAUCAUUGCAAUGGAAAAGACUGGGAUUUUAUAUAAAGGAGAAUCAGUUUCCAACGGAAUGCAAUUCGUGGUAAAAGAGGAUUCUGUGAAAGCAAUUCCACCAAGUUUAUUGUCACAGAUUGUUGCACUUGGGAAGCUUAGGCACCCCAAUGUGAUCAAACUGAUCGGAAUAUGUCACUCCGAAAAUGGUGCGUAUGUGCUCUAUGAGUAUUAUGAAGGGAAAGUGUUGGGUCAAGUUUUGAGGGAUUUGAGUUGGGAUCAGCGCCGGAAAAUUGCUGUUGGAAUUGCGAAGGCUCUACGGUUCUUGCACUGUUGUUGCUCGCCAAGCGUUGUAGCUGGUUGUGUGUCGGCAGAGAAAGUGAUUGUGGACGCAAAAGAUGAGCCUCGAAUUCGAUUGAGUCUCUCCGAACAAGUUCGGACGGACUCCAAGGGAUUCGUUGUUUCAGCAUACAUUGCUCCGGAAGACAAAGAAAGCAAAGCCGGCAUUACAGAGAAGACUGACAUCUAUGGGUUUGGGCUCGUCUUGAUCGAAUUGCUGACCGGAAAAGGCCCCAGUGACACUGAAUUUGGCGCGCACCAGAGCGUCGUCGAGUGGGCUCGGUACUGCUACUCAGACUGCCAUCUUGAUGUCUGGACCGACUCGAUGAUCAGAGAACACGUGUCGAGCAAUCAGAACGAGAUUGUGGAAACCAUGAACCUAGCCCUUCACUGCACUGCUAGUGACCCCAUGGCUAGACCAUGCGCGAAUGAAAUAUAUAAAACCCUAGAAUCUGUAAUGAGGACAAGUAGUUCUUGUGUUCCUGGAUUAAAAGCUACUUCACCUUUUUGAUUUCUCCCUCAAGGAAUUUUUGUUCCUGUUUUCAGCUUCUUUUAGCUUUUUUAUUUUCACUUAAUUUUUUUUCUUGUGUUUCUUUUAACGUAAUGUACGUGUUAAUGAAUUAAUUACCACCUUUUGUUGUAUUUUGUAACAUAAGGUGUUAAUUAAUUGUUAGUAUUAUAGCUCAAAUGUUUUGUUUGAUGGUAUGUUUGACAUA